UUGUUGUACAGACCUGCGCAGCUGUUGCUGUCCAACGGCGGCCUGAUAGUCCAGUUUGGCAUCAGCUGUCACUUCCUUCCAAAUGAAGGACGGCAAGGAGAACUCUACCGCCGCUGCUGGAAGUUUUGCCACAAAUCUGGACCACACAAAGCCAUGCUGGUACUGGGACAAGAAGGAUCUGGCCCACACCCCGUCCCAGUCCGAUGGCCUGGAUCCAGCCACAGAAGCCCGGUACAGACGAGAGGGAGCCCGGUUCAUAUUCGACGUCGGGACACGUCUGGGACUACAUUAUGACACUCUGGCAACUGGAAUAACAUACUUUCAUCGGUUUUACAUGUUUCAUUCAUUCAAACAGUUUCCCAGAUAUGUGACUGGGGCUUGUUGUCUUUUCCUGGCUGGCAAAGUGGAAGAAACCCCCAAGAAGUGUAAAGACAUCAUUAAAACGGCUCGGAGUCUGCUUAAUGAUGUGCAGUUUGCACAGUUUGGAGAUGAUCCGAAGGAAGAGGUCAUGGUCCUGGAGAGAAUUUUACUCCAGACAAUCAAGUUUGAUUUACAAGUUGAGCACCCCUACCAGUUUCUGCUGCGCUAUGCUAAACAGCUCAAAGGUGACAAGAACAAAGUUCAGAAGCUUGUGCAGAUGGCGUGGACCUUUGUCAAUGACAGCCUCUGCACAAUGUUGUCCCUUCAGUGGGAGCCAGAGAUCAUAGCAGUGGCAGUCAUGUACCUCGCCGGCCGGCUGUGUAAGUUUGACAUUCAGGAGUGGACGUCUAAGCAGUCGUCUCGCCGCUGGUGGGAGCAGUUUGUACAGGAUGUGCCGGUGGAGCUGCUGGAGGACAUCUGCCACCAGAUUCUGGAUUUGUACUCUCAGGGCAAGCAGCCGAUACCCCAGCAGCCUCAGAUACUGGACAAAGAGAAACCGCCACCCCCUCCUGCUGCCCAGCCCAGCCAGUCAGGGGGGCAGAACCCACCUGCUCAACCUCCCUCCAAGAAAAACUCCCCCCAGGCCAGCCCCCCUGCCAAGAUUAAACGCCAGCAUGUCUCUCCUAAAGAUGAACCUAAAGCCCCAACAGAGCAAGUUGGGUCUAAGAUACCCCGCCUGGAGAGUCCUAUGCCCCCUCUCCCUGUGUCCCAACCCCCAGAUCGCAAGGCUCCGUCUGUCAUCCCAGCUCCUCCCGCUGAAGCAGAACCGGCCACCUCAGCUGACAUGGAUCCGGCACAGGGCCCGGCUCCUCCUCUGCCCCACGGGGCCCCACCCCCUCUGCCUCACCGCCCGCCACCCCCUCCUCCCUCCAACUAUAUCAUGGGAAUGUCCACGUCCAGUUCGUACAUGUCCGGCGAGGGAUUUCAGAGUCUGCAGUCCAUGAUGAAGACUGAAGCGCCCUCCUAUGCGCCCAUGCCCCCUUCGUUCGGCCUGCCGUACCACCCACAUGCCGUCUAUCCACAUGCAAACCCCCCGCCUCCAGGCCCUCCGCCCCCAAACUCUUACCCUCCUCCCAAUCUGCCCCCACCCACCCCAUCUUACCCCCCUCCAGGCUACAACCCCAGCUACCCCCCUCCGCCCCCGCGUAUGCCACCAGGGCACAAUGUGCCCCCUCCGGUGAUGGGCUUACCGCCCGCUGGGUACCCACCUCCACCCGGCCAGCCUCAGGUGCCGCUGCCACCCCACGCCAUGCCGCCUGUGGCAGGAAUGAACAGAGGGGCUUGGAUGAGAUGAGGGGUGAUUAAAUCAGGCCCUACACGAUACAUGUGCCUGUAUACAAUAUACACAGUCUGUAUCGGGUUUAUGUGUAUUCUGAGACAUUUCAGCUGCAGUGUCUGGGAGUCCAUGAAAUACCGCAGACUUCUGCUUGGGUUCAGGGUUUCACGGUUAGACUUUAAAUCCACUGAUGCGAUUUGAAGGGAUAGUUCACCCCAAAAUGAAAAACUGAUGUAUUUACUCUCCCUCAUGUUGUUCUAAACCUGUAUGCAAAAUGGAUAUUUAUUCAUACAGUGCUUCACGUUGGCCAUGGUUGGUCAAUCUACAAAGAGGACAAUCUAAAAAAUGGACCAUACAACUUGUGAUCUAUGACUUGGUCCCUAUGAUGUUUUUGAAGUCAUAUAAUAGACCUGUUUUCAAAAUGAUUAUGUGGUUUCAGAGCUCAAGUAGAAAGGAUUACUUCACAUUGUUUGUUCUGGUCAAUAUGAAUGGUUUUUACAUGAAAAGAUCUGAAAAGAUGUGAAGAU